CAAAAAUCAGCUGUAAAAUUUUAGGGCAUUAUUCCGUUUCUGUUGAAAGUUCAACAAACUCAUAUUUGAUUGCAUUUGUAUGUUUGAUACUAUAACUUAUUUGUAUCAUUUUUAAUUGCUUAACAUAUAAGUGGUAUUAGCUCGAAUUGAAAAAGGCAGAGUGUAAACAAUGGUAGCUGCCGUAAAGAAGCUGCAGAAAAACACAAAUUCUGAUGAAGAUGAGCCCACCAGACCUGCGCAAGUCCAAGGACCGGCUUCCUCUACGUUGCAUGGCUCAAGUAUAUUGUUGGAUGCCAACUCGACUAAGAGGAAAAGUGCGUUUUUACCAUAUCGCCCACAAUCGACGGUCCUAACGAAUCUGCAGCGUGGUAAUACGGAAGCUACAUUUUGCACUGUGGAGGUAACGCUGUCUUUUCAUGAACGUGCUGGCCAAGGCGAAAUCACUGAGGAACACGUAAAAGCUGAACUACUGCGACAAAAACAUAUUGAUUUCAGGGACUCUCACGGAUUCACACCCCUGCACUGGGCAGCGUCCUAUGGCCAGUUAGUCUCUACGCAAUUGCUUGUUGCAGCAGGCGCUAAUGUAAAUAGUCUGGCAACGGAUAUGGUUACGCCAUUGCUGCUUGCAGCGGCUGGGGGACACAAUGAGAUCGUGCGCUUCCUACUCGAUCGCGGAGCUGUGUCCACGCACAUGGACAUUGUAGGCAAUACAGCACUUAUGUAUGCAGCAGCUGGCAACCACCCACACACUUGCAACGAGCUGCUGGCCAGAGAUUUGGAUUUUAGUGCUACCAAUGAGAAUGGCGAAACAGCAUACGCUCUGGCCGUGGAGCACGGCUCGCAUCUGUCCCAGGCUUUGCUGGAACAGUAUAUGACUGCCGUGCUGACGGCAGGAGCACUUGGCAACAUUCAGUGAAAUAUACAUACGAGAUUCAUGGACUAUAAUAGAGUUGUAAGAAAUAAACGUAAUUUAAGG